AUGCGCCCGAGGACCGCGCCUAGGCCGCCGGCGCUGCUGCCGCCGCUCCUGCUUUUGCUCCUGGUGGCGGCGCCCACGGAGGGCAAGGGCUGCAUCUGUAAAGACAAAGGCCAGUGCUUCUGUGAUGGGGCCAAAGGGGAGAAGGGGGAGAAAGGCUUCCCAGGACCCCCUGGGCCUCCCGGCCAGAAGGGUUACCCGGGUCCCGAAGGCCUGCCUGGACCACAGGGACCCAAGGGCUCUCCAGGAUCUCCAGGACUGACUGGUGCCAAAGGCGUGAGGGGAAUAACUGGAUUACCAGGAUUUUCAGGUUCUCCUGGACUUCCAGGCAUCCCGGGCCAUCCUGGACCUUAUGGACUUGCUGGUUUGCCAGGAUGCAAUGGUUCCAAGGGAGAGCCAGGGUUCCCAGGACUUCGGGGGACACCAGGCUACCCAGGGAUGCCGGGUGUCGCUGGUUUGAAAGGAGAAAAGGGCACUCCUGCUGAAGCAGAAGGUGUAGGCCUUGAUGGAAAAGGUGACCCUGGGUUGCCAGGAGCUCCUGGAUUCCAGGGUUUGCCAGGCCUUCCAGGUUUUCCUGGACCUGCGGGUCCACUUGGCCCUCCAGGAUUCCUUGGCUUUCCGGGAGCCAUGGGACCUCCAGGACCUAAGGGUCACAUGGGCGAUAACGUGCUAGGACAGAAAGGAGAGCGGGGUGUGAAAGGAUUAACAGGACCGCCUGGACCACCAGGAACAGUUAUUGUGACUCUAACCGGCCCUGAUAACAGAACGGACCUCAAGGGAGAGAAGGGAGACCGGGGAGCCAUGGGACAGUCCGGACCCCCUGGACCCUCCGGGCCACCUGGAGAAUCUUAUGGAUCAGAAAAAGGUGCUCCUGGAGAACCAGGCCCGCAGGGAAAGCCUGGAAAAGAUGGUGCCCCCGGUUUUCCUGGUACUGAGGGAGCCAAAGGCGAUAAGGGUUUCCCUGGGUUAAGGGGUGAAGAUGGCAUUAAGGGGUGGAAAGGAAACGCUGGCCCUCCAGGAUUUCGUGGUCCAACAGAAUAUUAUGAUGCAUACCAGGAAAAGGGAGAUGAAGGAAUUCCAGGCCUACCAGGGCCCAAGGGAGCUCGUGGCCCACAGGGUCCCAGUGGUCCCCCUGGAGCCCCUGGAAGUCCUGGGUCAUCAAGGCCUGGCCUCCAAGGAGCCCCUGGAGUACCUGGUGUGAAAGGAAGUAAAGGGGAGCAAGGACCCCCAGGAAAGACUGCAGCAGGGCCUCCUGGGUCCCCCGGCUGUCCUGGUUCUCCAGGUCCUAUGGGGUUCCCGGGACCUCCAGGCCCACCAGGUGGUAUUGUUUUUCGUGAAGGUCCACCUGGAGUCGGUGGAUAUCCAGGCCAUAUAGGGUCGCCAGGUAUCCCAGGAGUCGGUGGACCCAAAGGGGAGCCGGGCCUCUUGUGCGCACAGUGUCCUUAUGUCCCAGGAUCUCCAGGCCCCCCUGGAUUGCCAGGGUUAGAAGGUGAAAAAGGAUUCCAAGGAGAACCAGGGGCAGCUGGCAUUAAAGGAAGCCCAGGGUCCCCAGGAACUGCUGGUCUUCCAGGAUUUCCAGGAUUCCCAGGUGCUCAGGGUCAGCCAGGACUUAAAGGAGAAAAAGGUGAAGCAUCUCAGCCAGAGGGACAAGUGGGUGCCCCAGGGGAUCCAGGACUCCGAGGACAUCCUGGAAGAAAGGGCUUGGAUGGCAUUCCUGGAACUCCGGGAGUGAAAGGAUUUCCAGGACCUAAAGGAGAACCGGCCCUGAGUGGUGAGAAGGGGGACCCAGGUCUUCCAGGGGAUCCUGGUAUCCCUGGGUCCCCAGGACCCAUAGGCCCGGCUGGAGCAUCAGACUAUGGACCACAGGGAGAGCCUGGUCCAAAGGGCGCCCAAGGACUUCCUGGAGCCCCUGGACCACCUGGAGAAGCCGGUCCUGAGGGAGAAACUGGUGUUUCGACACCAGUCCCAGGGCCCCCAGGACCCCCUGGGCCUCCAGGCCGUGCUGGUCCCCGGGGUCCACCUGGUAUCCCUGGAUCCACAGGAGAAUGUGAUCUGGGUCUCCCGGGGCCUGAUGGUGAACCAGGAAUUCCAGGAAUUGGAUUCCCUGGGCCUCCUGGACCUAAGGGAGACCGAGGUUUUCCAGGAACCAAAGGAUCACCAGGUUGUCCUGGAGAAAUGGGAAAGCCAGGCUUACCUGGAAAGCCAGGCCUCCCAGGAAUCAAGGGAGAGCCAGGACUAGCCAUGCCUGGAGAACCCGGAGCGCCAGGUUUGCCAGGAGAAAGAGGCAGCUCUGGGGAAACUGGAGAAAUUGGACUCCCUGGACUUCCGGGUCUCCCUGGAGUUCCAGGAACUGGGGGGCUUGAUGGACCACGAGGGGAUCCAGGGAAGCCUGGGCCGCCUGGAGAAAGAGGACCCCCAGGGAGGUGCACAGAGGGUCCCAUGGGAGCUCUAGGACUUCCAGGCUUAAACGGACUGAAAGGGCAGCCAGGCAGAAGAGGUGAAACAGGGCCAAAGGGAGACCCAGGUAUCCCGGGCUUGGAUAGGUCAGGAUUUCCUGGAGAACCUGGACUACCAGGAACACCAGGUCACCGAGGGGAGAUGGGACCACCUGGUCCAAAAGGAUAUCCAGGAAAUCCAGGAUUUUUAGGGCCACCAGGUGAAAAAGGAAUAAUGGGGAUGAUGGGGUUUCCAGGCCACAUUGGUCCCCCAGGGCCUCCUGGGAACCCAGGCACCCCAGGACAGAGGGGGAGCUUUGGAAUUCCAGGAGUAAAGGGUGAAAGAGGACCCCCAGGAGCCAAGGGGGAGCAGGGAGAGAGAGGAACUCCCGGGUCUCCCCAGAUAUUCCACUUAGUGGGGGACAAAGGGGAGCCAGGACUCAAAGGACUUGCAGGAAAGCCUGGUGAGAAAGGAAACAGAGGCAGUCCAGGGUUACCGGGUAUAAAAGGACUCCCAGGGCUUCCUGGACCAGCAGGACCACCAGGUCCCAGAGGAGAGCCGGGCAGCAUUGGGAAUCCCGGUGAGCCAGGACCACGUGGCAUCCCAGGAAGCAUGGGAAACAUAGGAGUACCAGGUACUAAAGGAAUGAAGGGAACUGUGGGAUUCCCGGGUCUAGCUGGAAGUCCAGGCCUCCCAGGUAUUCAUGGUCUCCAAGGAGAUAAGGGAGAGCCAGGUUACUCAGAAGGUGCAAGGCCAGGACCACCAGGACCAAAGGGAGAUCCAGGAUUGCCAGGUGACAUGGGCAAGAAAGGCGAAAGAGGGCCCCCUGGCGCACCUGGACGUUCGGGGCCUGCUGGACCAGAGGGACUUCCUGGGAGUCCCGGACCCCCUGGCCACCCAGGGAAGUCUGGUCCUGGUGGUGAUUUGGGGUCCAAAGGAAUCAAAGGCUUCCCUGGCUUUCCAGGAAUAAAAGGCCCUCCAGGUCCUCCAGGAUUGCCAGGAAAUCCUGGCCCAGUGGGUGAGAGAGGUAAUCAAGGACUUGAUGGAAUUCCUGGUCCAGCCGGAGAAAAAGGAGAAACAGGCUUGCUGGGAGCACCUCCAGGUCCAAGAGGAAAACCUGGUCCUCAAGGAGCCAAAGGAGACAGGGGAGCACCAGGCUUGCCCGGCCUCCCUGGCAGGAAAGGGCCAGUGGGAGAUGCUGGGCCUCCAGGGCCCAUUGGCAUGACAGGACCGCAAGGGGCACCAGGCUUUCCUGGUGUAACCAUCCCUGGCCAGAAAGGAGAUCGAGGUCCACCUGGCUCCAGAGGAAACCCAGGCGUGCCUGGUCCUCCUGGGCCUCCAGGGAGUCCCGUAGAAGGCAUGAAAGGAGACAAGGGGUUGAUGGGAGAGCCUGGCCAAAGAGGUCCACCUGGAGCUGUAGGAGACAUGGGGCCACCGGGUCCUCCGGGAGCACCAGGUGUCCCUGGUCAGCCAGGGGCCAGAGGUGAUCCUGGAUUCUAUGGAUUUCCAGGCUUGAAAGGGGAGAAGGGUAAUUCAGGAUUUCCAGGACCACCGGGGCCUCCAGGGCAAAUUGGGCCAAAAGGACCACCUGGUGUACGUGGAGAGCCUGGCACAGUGAAAAUCAUCUCCCUUCCAGGAAGCCCAGGCCCACCUGGUUCAGCUGGAGAACCAGGGAUGCAAGGAGAACCCGGGCCCCCAGGACCACCAGGAGAUCCAGGACCCUGUGGGCCAAAAGGUAAACCCGGGGAGGAUGGUCUACCAGGACCUCCAGGACCAACUGGAGAAAAAGGCAACAAAGGUUCUAAAGGAGAGCAAGGACCACCUGGAUCCGAUGGCCUGCCAGGCUUGAAGGGGAGGUCUGGAGACACUGGACCACCCGCAGCAGGGACAGCGAUGAGGGGCUUUGUCUUCACCCGGCACAGCCAGACCACAGCGGUCCCCUCCUGUCCAGAAGGGACAGAGCCACUCUACAGUGGGUUUUCUCUUCUCUUUGUACAAGGAAAUGAACAAUCCCAUGGACAAGACCUGGGAACACUUGGCAGCUGCCUGCAGCGAUUUACCACAAUGCCAUUCUUAUUCUGCAAUAUCAACGAUGUAUGUAAUUUCGCAUCUCGAAAUGAUUAUUCAUACUGGCUGUCAACACCAGCUAUGAUACCAAUGGACAUGGCUCCAAUUACUGGCAGGGCCCUGGAGCCUUAUAUUAGCAGAUGCACGGUCUGUGAAGGUCCUGCAAUUGCCAUAGCUGUUCACAGCCAAACCACUGAUAUCCCCCCCUGUCCUGCUGGCUGGAUUUCUCUCUGGAAAGGCUUUUCUUUCAUCAUGUUCACAAGUGCUGGUUCGGAGGGUGCUGGGCAAGCCCUCGCAUCCCCCGGCUCCUGCCUGGAAGAAUUCCGAGCCAGUCCAUUUAUAGAAUGUCAUGGAAGAGGAACAUGCAACUACUAUUCAAAUUCCUACAGUUUCUGGUUGGCUUCAUUAGACCCCAAAAGAAUGUUCAGAAAACCCAUUCCAUCAACUGUGAAAGCUGGGGAGUUAGAAAACAUAAUAAGUCGCUGUCAAGUGUGCAUGAAGAGGAGACCAUGAAGAAAUAAAGAAAAAAUAAAACUGUUACUUUUCAUCCUAAAUAACCAAGUAAUAUUGCAGAACAUGCACUUAUUUAAGUAUCUUUCUCUCUUGGAACACCAGUACAAAGUUUCUAUUUGUUUCCCCACAUAACAAAGCCUUAAGUUAGUUCUGUGAUACUGGUCUCUAAAUCUGUACUGUGUCAAAGUUCCCUAAUGCAAAGCACUAAGCUUUUCACAAAGUAUCACCAAAAUCUUGUAUUUCACUUUUAUCCCAUGCACUAAGUAAAUGGUGAUUGUAUAAAGUUUGAUACUACAAGUGAAGAGCUAUUUGGUCCACUGGAUUCCCAGGAUUCACCCCCCUUUCUAUUCCAAUCUUGGAGACUCAGGGAGGCUAAUUCUGUUUUAGAUUGCCUGAUCACCCUAUUCCCAAAGCUUUAGACCCUGGGUAGGGAAGGGGAUGAAAUGGGAUAUUAGAGCAUCAUGAAUAAACUGGACUUUCAAACCUGGUGAGUAAUCUAAGACCUAAGGGAACCAGAAUUGAAUUGAGGUUCAUGGAUUGUCUAGUGCUUUUUCAAACACACCCAAGACUAAGGCCAGAAGGGGGCUGCCCUGAACGGAAUAAUAAUAGCCUUAGAAAUACUGUAUGGUUUUGGUUUACAUUUUUUAAAAGACAUUUUUGUUUGUCCAUUGAAUUCAUUUUACUACAGCAAUAUAGCUUGCUUAUAUUCAAACAGAUAUAAUUUUUACCCUUAGUAAAUUAACUACACCCACACAAAUAACAGAUUCCUUGAUGUGCACUUUAUCCCCAUCCCUAUAAAUGCUGGUGCAUACCUUAUAAACUAGCAGGUCAGCAACCCAUGGAAUAACUGAAGGCAUUUGUUGGCUAAUCAGGAUCAAAAUAUUUUUCAUUUUCUCUAAAUAUUCCAUUUAACCUGGGUGUUCAGAGAUGUAUUCCCUUGUUAACUACAUAAUUCUUCCUUUGUUAAAGACAUGUUUUUGAUAUUACAUAUUCUUAUAAACCAUUGGAAGAGUCCAUUGUGUAAAAAUUUUGAUGUACAAAUUGUAUAGUUUGGUGGUUUUAUGUCUUAAAACUUGCUUUUCAGUGUGUUGAUAACAUUCCCAAGUUUACCUAAUUCAACUUAAGAUUUUAUUCAAAACCAAGUCAUAUCCCAGGUGCUGCACUAAAUUAUAGACACUAAAAGGAUGAAAACAGAUUUGUUUCUGAUCCACUAUCUCAGAGAAGGUAACUUACUGUUUCUGUUAAGAAUUCUACUUGUCUAAGUUGUUUUUCCUCCUUUUUUCUCUUUGUUCUUAUAUUUCAUCAGAAUAAUUCAGCAGGCCUCAAUAUAGGUUCAAAAAUAAUAUUUACGCCCAGGGAAAGCCCAGGACAUCUAGCUUCUCCUAGGCAUUACAGAAGCCAAGGUCUGAAAAUGUUAACAAAAUGAAAAUCUAAAAAACCUUAAAGACCAUUUAUACUUGAUAGUAGCACUAUUUGAUGAAUCUCAGAGGCCAGAUGUCCAGAGAUAAAGCUCUGCAGAUGCUUCUUAAUCCACCGAGGUGGAGUUGGUGGUGCUGAUAUUUAAAUUCAGGUUAUUGCUUCAACCUCAGUUGCUUUGUAAAUGAAGGUGUGACCCCAGAGGAAAGCACAGACUGUGACCUUAGUUGGCAUCCUUCACUGCUCAUGUGACUUUCAAGCGAUUUUUACAUUUAAGCUGAGAAAUGCAUUUUACUUAGAUUAUUUGCUUAGACUCACCUUAUACUAAGGCUUUUUUUUUUUUGCUUUAAAUAUAUCCAACUUUUUUAAUUGUACCAUAAUGGCAUAAGGCUAGCUGAUCUACACAAACCCUCUGUAGGUCAGCAGUUCUCAAAAUGUGGUCCCUGGACCAGCAGCAUCAGCAGCAUCUGGGUACUUGCCAUCAAUGCAAAUGCUUAGCCUAGACAUUUAGAAUCAGAAACUCUGGGGGAAAGACCCAGAAAUGCAUAUUUUAACAAGCUUCUCCAGGUGAUUUCUGAUUGAGAACUGUUCUAGGCAAACAUCCAAGAAACUAUUCUACAGACAGUUACCACUGUCUGUAUAAAUAAGGCCAACCAAUAUUGCUCCAUCCAUACCUCUCUUUAAAGUCCAAAAUCAAAAGUGACCUCAAGGUCAUCUAAUUUUACUAAUGAGUUAAAGCCCUAUAUUGGUGCUAAUGGCAAAUGACUGGCCUCUGCUUGUCCCCAGGCUCCCUCCUUUCUUGUCCCAUUAUCAGUGUUUAACUUCUGAGGAAGACAAGUGAUGCUAAAACAUUAGAUCCCAAUGAAGCCAUAUUGAAAGUGGCUCAGUUCCCCUUCUAAGACUGAGCAUUGAAACACAGCUCAGGAGCAUUACUUUCCAGAUACCCAUCAGUAGUUUAUAAAGUUAUGAAGAUUUAACUUUGUAGAUAAAAUGUAAAUAACUUGUUUCUUUUAAAUCUGGGGUUUCAACUUUGGAAUUUCACAGUGUGCUGAAAUAAUGGGUUUCUCAGAGGUGUUUUUGCAAGAUAAACAUUAUUAAAUAACUUAUUUAUAAAAGUAUUACAAUAAUUCUAAAUUUGAAUUUUAUUGCUAAUUUAACUUACAAAGUUUUUUCUAUGCAUCCAGUGCAACUUACUGCUACUAAACUUAAUUUAAUAUUUACUCUAUAACCAAAUGAAAUAUAUUUAAAAUAUAUUGAAUAUUUUAUAUUAUUAUAUCUUGACAAUUACAAUGUUGUACUAAUAUUUCUGUAAUUACACCUUAAAUAUUAUGUUGUUGUAUUGUCUAAGAAUAAAAUUGAAAAA